UGAGAGAGGAGGAGGAGCGUGGACCGGAAUCCGCGGAACUUUUACUUCCUCCAUGUAAACACUGCGCCGCUCGCUGCGCCUUUUACGCGCUUUUAAGACUCUUUAAAGUUUGUGCGGACCGAGUCCAGCUGUUAACAUCUGUUAGCAUCUGUCCACAGCUGUCCGCAGGCUCACUCUACCCUCCCACGGCUUUAAUUAGUCGGCGCGUGAUGUUAACCGCGGCUGCUUAAUUACCCGGAGCAGCUCCGAGCGUCACUUUGGAGGAGUUCCCGGAGCACCGGGGCCUCCGCGGGAGAUUUACAGCCGAGAUCGAGCCCUGACACGCGGCCGUUAAUCACCAGCCCCGCUGCUCCCGGAGGGUGAGGGAGUGAGUGAGCCGCAGGACUCUGGCGCCUCACACUAGACGCGGACACUCCUGGUUCUGUGUCCGCCCACCGGCACAUCCAGCUGGACAGCCCCGACCGGACUCACACCUCUCACCCCCGGAGGACCUGCUGCCAAUGGCAACUUUCAUCUCCGCCCUCGUCUUCCUCUUCACCGUGAUGGGCGGGACUUCCCCUGCUGUCAGUCAGUCCAGCGCUCCAACAGAGCCCAUGUGCUACGACUGGGGCGAGUCCAGCGUGGGGGCGGUCUCUGUCGUGGAGGGCGAGGUCGGUUGGCUCUCCUGUCCUCUUUUCUCUCAUCCCUCUGUCUACAACUACACCUCCACCCAGAGCGCCGGGCACAACCUCUUCUGGUACCGCCUCCCCGAGGGCCACGACCUGGAGCAGCCAAUCACGUACAGCUCGCGGCUCAGCAAAGACAGAGAGAGACUUUUUCUGCAGCCGGCCAUCGCCGACGACACCGGCCAGUACAUCUGCAUGCUGCGUAACAAGUCCUCCUGCAGUAAGAUCGCCAUCCGCCUCAAAGUGUUGCAGCCGGACGACGUCGUUAAGUGUGGGCUUCCAGUUGCUGUGGCACCGAUUGAGGACUUGAUCCCUUUGCAGGAGGGGAAGACGUUGGACUGUCCAGACCUGCAGGACGCCACCAAGAUGUCAGAGAGCACGCCAAAGGUCCAAUGGUACUUUGCGAGGCACCUGGUGUGUGGCUGGUAUCCGUUCUGGAACAGCGACAGGGAGCAGAAAGGAAACAGUCUGCAGGUUCACCUCAUGAUGGAACAAUAUCAGGGUUUAUAUUACUGCAGAGUCCAGUACCAGAGGAGGAACCAAACACUCAACUUUACCAGGAGCAUAAACGUCACCGCCAUCUUGCCCCUCUCGCUGCCCAAAGAGCCCAGCAUCAUGAACCCGACAAAUGACCAGAUCUUCACCGUCAAAACAGGCACCGAGGUGCGUCUGGUGUGCAGAGGUCAGCUUCCGUUUGUCCUGGACAAACCCUGGCGGGAGAUCUGGUGGACGGUUGAUGGGAAGACGCUGGACAAACUUCCUGAUCGAUUCAAACAAAUUAACAGGGUGGUGAGAGACCACUUCAGGGACCUGACUAUCGAGAGUAUCCUCGUGAUCCAGGAUUUCCAGUCCCAAGACAUGAAGCGAGAGUUUUACUGCUCCGUGAAGAAUGAGCGAGGCUUCGAUACACGCAGAGCUCAGCUGGAGGAGGAAGUGUCGCUGCCCACCGUGGAGCUGGGCUGCGGCCUCGGCGUCACUCUGCUCCUCAUGCUCAUCCUCUUUGUGGUUUAUCACGUCUUCUGGCUGGAGCUGCUGCUGCUCUAUCGCUCCUGGUUCGGCACAGACGAGCGGCACACAGAUGAUAAGGAGUUCGACGUGUACAUUUCCUAUGCGAGGAACAGCGAGGAGGAGCAGUUUGUUCUGUUGACGCUGCGCAGAGUCCUGGAGAACGAGCUCGGGUACUCGGUGUGCAUCUUCGACCGAGACAGCCUGCCCGGUGGGACCAUCACAGAUGAGACUCUGAGUUUCGUGGCUCGCAGCAGGCGCCUCCUGGUGGUUGUCAGCCCCGGCUACGCCUCGCAGGGCUCCCAGGCUCUGCUGGAACUCAAGGCCGGCAUUGACACCAUGGCACUAGCCGGGCACCUGCGGGUGAUCCUGGUCCAGUACAAGCCGGUCCGGAGGAAGGGUUGGGUCAGGGAGCUGAGGCGGGCCCGGGUGGCCCUGGCGCUGGUUCGAUGGCAGGGGGACAAGUCCAGAGAGCUGUCGUCACGCUUCUGGAAGAGGCUGAGGGUGGAGUUGCCCGUGAGGAGGGUUAGCAGCCGAGGGGAGGACGAAGAAGAGAGCAAGGAGGUGGCGCUGAUGAGACUUCACAGUCAGAACAGUACAAACUCCCAAACGGGGCUCAUCAGCAACACCAUCAAAGACCCGCAGAAAGUCCUGAACUCUGCAGCGUAACUGCAGCUCUCUGAGAACAGUUACACCUUUAAAGUUACAGCUGAUGGAGCUCAGCAUGGGGAAGGCUCGUGUUUUCUCUGAAUGAGAGUUAUUAUAGUCAUGUUUUAGACCAGGACCAACUCAGACUUAUUCAUUUUAUGAAACAAAGUUUCAUUUUCCCUUUAAAGAUGUGAAAAAGUCCACAGCCAUGCUAGCAGCUCUGUUAGUAUUUACACCAGAAAGCAUUUCCCAACAACAAGCUAAUGUUUUUAUCAGUGUUGCAUUAUGAACAAUGCUAAACUUUUCAUGUAAAAUGGCACGUUUCAGCGCCCCGGGUUAAUGAGACUGUGCUCCAGCCUCGCUUCCUCUUCAGGUGAUGUUUGGCCAAAACCACUUACAGAUACCCACGAGGUUUCCUUUGCCCAUCGUGCAACGACACAUGAUGUCAUAGUGUGACUUGUUUUGGACAAAGUUUCAGUUUUAAAUGUGACAGUCGCAUUUUUAACACAAAACCACAAUAUUUGCUGAAGCCAACCAAAUUCCUGAUGCCUGAAGCUAGCUGCGUAGUUCUUGGUGCUUAAAUAUAACAGUGAAGUCUUGACUGUGCUUUUGUGGUUGACAGAGAACACCAUGUGAGUUCAGUAGUCAAGUCUAUUUAUAUGAACCAUAUAAUCAUUGACCAACAGGCUGCACAAUAACCAAAACCUCCCAAAUGGUACAAAAUAGUUCAAGUAAUUUAAAAACUGUUAAAAAAAAUAGUUGGAAUGAACUAUGAACCAAGCUCCUUGGAAUUUUACAAAAACUGUGUAAAUUUUUACAUCUAGCUGAGAACAGACGACUGGCUGCUCGAUACCUUCGGUGCAGGUCGAGCCCAGCACUUGAAGCUCAGAGGAUAGACGUCCAUGUAGGUGUGAGUCGUAUUUCACAGUAAUCAUCUAACAGCUGUGCAGAUAUUUAAAAAAGAAAAUGUAAAUCUCACGAUGGUUCAUCUUUGUGGAAACUGUGAUUGUUUGAAGUGGUUCAUUAAACAUCGACGUUCAAGCGUGGAUGUUACCGUCCUUACUGCAAAGCUGCUAGCAUGGCUAAAAAUGAGCUCCAGACUAACUUUUUAAACGUUUAGUUCAUUAGUUAAAAUGCUGAAAGCACCCCUGGAGGCUGCAGUGUUCAUUACAACAACAGUAAGUCUGUUUUCUCAGUCCUGGAGCUAAAGUCACGGUGCCGUUAAAGCUGGUCGCCCUCGUAUGGAGAGCAGGAGGAGGACGAUGCAGGUGCUCCGCUAGAAGUGUUUGUUGGAAACGUGGAUAUUUUAAAGGUUUUCAAUGUCACUCAUUUUCAUUCAACUUUGAUAUUAGCUGCCAUUUCAUCAUCUACAGUAUCCACUCAUUAUCACGUGCGUCAUUAUCACAUUCAUGUAUUUCAUGUAUUUUGUUUGUCCAGAGUUAAAAACUUUGAAGACGUUUGUGCUUUCUAAACUGGUGCUUUAUAAAAGAGGUUUGGUUUUACUUUAACUGUAUUUUGUGCAAACAUGCACAAAAUAGGCUUAAACACAUGUUAAUCAAAUCGUAACACACAGUUAACACACUAAUAGACUAUAGAGGUGGAUUAAAAUUAAGCUCUGUAUCUGUAUCAUGUUAGGAUUCAGUGUUAGGUAGAUAUGGGUUCAGUCGUUUUUUACUACAUAUCCUAUAAUAACCAGUAUCAGAAUACGGUGACCUGUUGGUGGGACUGGUGGAGAGGUUUAGGAUAACAAAGUGGGUAAGAUUCAUCCUCGGGGGGCCACGAUGACCAUCUAUACAAAAUUCAUUCAAAUCCAUACAAUGGAUGCCAACACAUCACACGUGCCACAGACGGGCAGCAUUUCCAUUUAUAUAUCUGUAUGUCCUCUGUAGCUGAAUGUAGUCGUAAUUUUAA